GAGAGUGGAGGAGGAGAGAGAAAAUUCGAAGGCCAGAAAAAAGAGGGGAGAGAAACGAACCAGAGGAAGAGAUGGAGAGACAACAAGAUUAACAAUAGAUAAGGAGGUGGUAGCCAAGAAUUUCCACAGAUAAAACCCUAAUUACCCCCCACCUACCAUCUCCUACGAUCUCCCGAUUUUUUUUUCCCCAAAUCCCUCCUUCAUUGAAGGCGAUGCGACGAGGAAAAGCAACAGCGACGGCGACGGUAAAAGCGAUCGGAUCAGGAUCUGUGAGAAACCCAGAAAAAGAGCAACGAUUUCGCGGCGUACGGAAGCGGCCAUGGGGUCGAUUCGCCGCCGAGAUUAGAGACCCGUUGAAGAAGACCCGAGUAUGGCUUGGAACCUUCGAUUCCGCCGAGGACGCUGCUCGAGCCUACGACGCCGCCGCACUGUCACUCCGCGGCCCCAAAACAAAAACCAAUUUCCCAUCAUUGCCGAUUGCAAUUCAAGAAAACCCCAAUGUUGAGAACAAUCAACACAGAGAUCAACAUCGUUUUCAAAUGUUUGAACAGUUUCGUCAUUCACGCCAUACGUCGAGCAGUUUGAGUUCGACCCUGGAGUCGUCUAGUGGGCCAAGACCCUCGAAUCCACCACCGCCCCGGAUAAGAAUCGAACGCCGGUUAAAGCCACCAGUGCCGCCGGAUGAUUGCCACAGCGAUUGUGACUCAUCGUCAUCGGUGAUUGACGAUUUGGCUGCAGAUCAGACGUCGUCGUUUCACAAGCCUUUACCCUUUGAUCUGAACCAGCCUCCGCCUUUGGAUGAGAUUGACGGUGCUGAAGCUGAUGAUUUCCACGCCACUGCUCUAUGCCUAUGAUUCUUGGUGAUCAUGACCACGGUGAUUUUGAAAGAUUUCGGUUUUUUUUUUUUCCUUUGAUUUGCUUUUAUUUUUCGUUUUCUUGAAUCGAAAAUUACGAAGGGAAAAUUCUAUCAUUGGCUGAUGAGAAACUGGUUCCUUUUUUUUUGUUCUUUGUUAGAUUCAAUGUAGAUGGGUGUACAAGUCCUUAUGCCAUAUGGGUUUGCUUCAACUUUAUGGGCUUAUGAAACAACAAUAUUGUCUGUUUUGUUGAAGUUUAGAUCCUAUUACAGAGGAUUGUAAGUGUGCCACAAAAUAUUGUAUCUGAUCUUGAGUUUUCUCUCUCUUGAUCUGAUCUUGAGUGAGUUUUCUCUCUCUUGAUCUAUUCUUCUUACCCAUUUUCUGUGCUUUUCCUUCUGUUUCUGUGUACAGAAAAGAAUGAAAAAGAUUUGAUUAAUGAUGAAAGAUCCAUUGUUUUGAAU